AUGCUCUUCGACAACGUCAAAUACUUAGGCCGUCGUCCAACUUUUCAUGAAGGGGCAAUUUCAAACUUGAACGUAUUGCGUUCGAAGGCUACACAUAGACUUCAAGGGUUCAGUGCGCGUCGAGCUCUAAAAUAUCUUACAGACGCCCGAGAGUCAAAUCUCGAAGCUUUCAGACAGUGCUGGUACCUGAAACCAGGGACGUCGAUUGGUUUUUAUGGGAACACCAAUCCUCUCGCUGCUGGAUUAGAUGUACUCUCGGUUUCGAUCGAUGGCGAGACACCUUCCAACUAUACCCAUGUUAACCCAACGGUCCAAACAUGGACGCGGUGGUACCAAUCUCCAACGUUAGCCAGUGGAACGCAUCGAAUUUCGUUGGCUCGAAUAUAUAGCCCAGCGUUUGACGUAGCCAUCGUCAAGACCAGCAAGGAUACCGUGCUGCCCCAACAGGUUCUCUUAGUCGAGGAUGAUGAUCCAGCUAUCGUUUACAGUGGGAACUGGAAAAAUAAUGGGGAUGUGAUUAAUGGCGGUAAUACAACUCUACCAUCGAUGAUCCCGAUGAACAAUUCCACAACUCAAAGCACUACCGCGGGGGAUUCUAUGACUUUCCAUUUUUCGGGAACGUCCGCCACGGUUUGGGGUAUCCAAACAACAACCUAUGUUGGAGUCCUCUCGGCUAUAUAUGAUUUGGAUGGGGUAUCCAUUGGGAAGGACUACUCCGUCCUAUCAAGUAACCUAAAUUACAAAACUGGACAAGGCCAAUUACCGAACAUAGCCCUCUUCAGUACGGGCCCCCUUUCAGAAGGGAAUCACUCGCUCUCGCUUACGAUCAACAAAUGCGUUAACCAGACAUUCAUUUUUGAUUAUAUCACAUACACACCUUUUGGCUCGUCCAGCUCGUCCAGCGCUGCUUCAGAACCGUCUUCAGCCCCCAAGACAGCCCCAAAAACGCCAGUAGGAGCAAUUGUUGGCGGUGUUGUUGGCGGUGUCGUUCUGCUCCUCUUUUUUGCCUUGUUCUGGCGGGUGCGCCGUAGGCAACAGGCGCUUUCAGAGAAGGUUUCAUAUCAACCGCAAAACGCUGCUCGUCCCGGGCAAGCCAUCCAUCCGUUCAUUGUCCCCUUAUCAUCAUCGAGACAGAUGUUUCCGGGAUCAUCAUCAGAACUCCUGUCCGUGACCAAGUCGCCCGCCAACACCACUCCUCCCGGCCACACAGCGCAAGCCUCUGGCUCCUCCAUCGUACCUCUCCACAAGAGUGUGGACUCAGGUUCACUUUCUGCGGGCUCUUCGAGCCCUUCUGCUACUGACUCGCCGUCAGGUGAUGGUAUUGGAAGAAGGGGAAAUGAGGCUGAGAGACCUCCGCCGCCGGCUUACAAUGACAUCGUCCUUUUUUUGGCUAUUGCGACCGGCUUUCAUUUGAUUGCACUCCGGAUCAGGGCUAAGUAUCUUCUCUCACCCGAUCCGCUGCAUCACGAAACGAUGGCACUGGCUUUUGACGCUGAACCGGCACUCUGGCUUUUCCUCUGCUACCGCCAUCCUGCUGGAAUGGCCUCCCAAAUUUCUUUAGUGUUGGACGAUACUUCAGAUGUUUUUUCCUAUGGGGGAGGAGCGUGGAAGACGAGCAAAGCGUCACGGUGGUUCAAUGGAAGCACGCAGUAUCCAUCAUUCGUGGUUGCGGGCAAUGGUCUCUACGGGACGUCAAUUGGUCUCUACGGAAAUACGGUGCCUCUCGCUGCUGGAUUGAACGUAUUCACGGUCUCGAUUGACGGCGGGUCGUCGUCCAACUACACCUACGUCAACCCUAAUACGACGCAGACAUGGCAGCAAUGGUACCAGUCACCCACUCUAUCAAACGGUACUCACCGAAUCUCGUUGGGUCAGAUAUAUAAUCCAGCGAUGGACGUGGCCAUCGUUCAGACCAGUAAGGAUGUUCUGCUUCCCCAACAGCUUGUCCUUGUCGAGGACGAUGAUUCUGCAAUAAGCUACAGCGGGAAAUGGAAAAAAAGUCCGGAUGUGAUCAACGGCGAUAACACAACACCAACAAUAGGAACUUCUGCCACAAUUUGGGGCGUCCAGACGACAUCCACCCUUGGGGUGCUCUCAGCUAUAUACACUGUGGAUGGGGUUCCCACUGGGAAAGACUACUCUGUUCAGUCGAGCAACUCAGGAUACAAAAGCAGUCAGGGGCAAGUACCGAACAACGCCCUCUUCACCACUGGCUCCCUUCCACAGGGGAAUCACACUGUCAUGCUAACGAUCAGCAAAUGUGUCAAUCAAACGUUCAUUUUCGAUUACAUCACGUACAUGCCUUUGGGCUUGUCAAACUCAACCGGUAUUGAUUCGGGAUCUUCGGGCAUUAAGGCGCCAGUAGGAGCAAUUGUCGGAGGCGUUCUAGGGGGCAUCGCAUUGCUCCUUGUCGCACUUGCUGUUAUAUUCCUGCGACGGCAGCGCCAAAGACGGGAAGCAUUUUCAGACAAAACCGUCGUUGUUCCUCCAGCAGAAGCAUCCCACCUACCAAACGCUGCUCUUCCAAGCCAAGCCAUCCACCCCUUUGUCGUCCCUUCGUCUCCCUCAGAACGUAGUUUUCCACGUUCACAAUCGUCGUCAGAUUUUGUAUCAACGAUCAAGCCAUCUCUUCGUACCAAUACCAGGUCCUCUAGUGGCCCCACGAUGCUCAGCGGCGAUUCCUCUAGGAUGCCUUUUCACAGGCGUCUGGAAUCAGGUUCGCUUUCUGCAGUUUCCAGCUUUCCAGCUGGCAGCUCGACGUCAGGCAGUGGCGUUGCAUCCGAGGGGAGUGAGUUUGGAGGUACUGCACCUCCAGCCUAUCACGAUGUUAUUGCUUCUGGUUCGUCGCAACCUAGACCAGCAACAAGCAAGUCGUGA